UCCAUGUUGGAAAAAGGUGACACUAGCAUUGACUCCACAGAAAAUUCACAUGUCAAGAUGCACACCAUGAUGCGACUGAUGGCUAUCUGGAUUGCGAAUGAACAUGGAUACAUGACCAAGUGGUUACAAAAUUCCCCAUAUAGAGCACCCUUGGCUGAAGAGAUGUGGCACAAAAAUAUAACCUUUUUAAACUUGGAGGGGACGGAAAUAAUCGGAUUGCCUUUUGAGGUAUGCUCAUUGACCGAACUGCAACAUCUCAAUCUUUCUGCAACAGCAAUUGUUCUCUUGCCUCUAGUACUGAGAAAGCUUUCAAAACUCAAGUACUUGUACAUCAGAAAUAACAUGGUUCUUCAAACAAUACCAGAAGGGCUUAUCUUGGGACUCAAAAGUCUUCGAGGGCUGGACCUUUUCCAUACUGGUGCUAGUUUCCCUAACGUCCUGCAAGAAUUUGCGAGCUCCACCAUAGAUCUGGAUAUGCUCGGCUAUACUGUGCAAACAAUAGCAGAGAUAACACAACUGGGACAACUGAAAAGGGUGUGCACACAGACACUCUGCAUGGACCAUUUUGAAGAUGAGAAACAUCCGGAUAUUAUUAACUUGCAAAUUUUAUCCAAACUACAAGAGCUGCGAGAAUUAGCCAUUGUAGAGAGCUCUCACAGUCAGAAGUUAUUAGUAGCUGAAGGUGGCCCUAAUUAUGAUCAAUGGCUACUCCCUUACAUGGAAAUCUUUGAACUGAACAAUCUUCUAGGGCUAGAGAAAGUGACGUGGAAAAAUGCAGGGAUGGACAUCAAAGUGGUUAGUAUCUAUAAAUGUGAUAAAUUAAAAGAUGUGACAUGGGUUCAUCACCUUGAACACCUUGAGCAGCUCAUAGUUGCACACUACAAGGAAAUGGAAAUAUUGAUUGAAACUAGAGAAUCGCCACAAGGUGUCAGCAUGAAGCAAACGACGUCAAAAAGUUUUCCUCGGCUGAUAAAGCUUAAAUUGGAAGAGCUGCCAAAGCUAUCCGUGAUAUGCAAGCAAGCAUGUGAAUUGGAAGAGUUGUCCUAUAUUUGUGUAACUCGGUGCGAUGAAAUGAAGGAUAUCCAAAAUCAAAAAUACAAGCAGAGUAUGAUCAAGAUAGAUUGCAGCGAAGAUUGGUGGAAUCGGAAUAGCUCAGGGAGAUUUAUUCCCUACUUCAAUCCAACAUUUUCCUCCUAG